AUGAAUAAUCCAUAUUUACUUAAAAAACAAUUACAAGAGAAUGAAGAAGAGUUAUCAAAUUAUUUGCGUGAUAUGAACAUUUGGCAAGAACAAAUGAAGCGAAAAGAACGUUCACCACCGAAGCCCAAUGAAAAGAAAAAACCUAAAAUUAAUCCAUCAAAAGCUAGUAAAAGCAAAAUUUCAUCAUGGGAUUACUCUGCUUGGGAUAAGUUUGAUGUUGAUGAUGCUUGCAAAGAAGUAGAUACUCAAAAUGAACUCAAGAAAAACGAUAAUUAUGGUUCAAGUGUGGAUUGUUUAAAUAAUAAGUUACAAUCAAAACAGUCUGAAGGUUUAUACGAAAAAAAUUUGGGUAAUGCGUUAGUACAAAAGCAAAAAUGGGCUGAGGCAAUACUGAGAUACACAAGAGCGAUAGAAUAUUAUGAUAAAGAUCCAAUAUUUUAUGCCAAUAGAGCAUUAUGCUAUCUAAAGACAAAUGAAUUUAAACUAGCAAUUAUUGAUUGUACAUCUUCACUUAAACUAGAUAAAACAUAUGUUAAAGCAUUUCAAAGAAGAAGCGCUGCUUAUAUGGCUCUUGGAAUGUACAAUGAAGCUAAAAAAGAUAUACAAGAUGUUUUAAAAUUAGAACCAAACAACAAUCAAGCCAAAGUUGAUAUAGAAGUUGUUAAUAAUAAAAUUAAACAGGGAGAAAUUCAGAAAAUCCCUGAUAUUAAAUGUCAAAAAACAAAUGCAACUAAUAAUUUACAAAGUAAAAUUAUAAGUUCAAAAAUGUUAUGUAAAGAAGAUGACAAACCAAUACAAGUGGUUAUUCCUGAUUGGCCCGAAAGAGUUGGUUGUAAACAAAUAACUUCUAUACACAAACCACCACAUUUAAGAUCAAAAAAACCAUUCAGUACACUCAAAAUCAAUGAUGUUCAAGCAAACCAAGAAGAAUUAAACAAUAUAUAUUUACUUCAAACCACACUGAAAGAAGUAUGUGAAACAAAAAAUAAAGAUCAAUCCAUAAACAAAGAAAUUAUCCCUAUGAAAAAGAAUUCUGUUCAAACUAUAAAAAAACAUACAGCUAUACCUCCCGUUCCAUUAACAUAUGUACAACUUAAACAAGAUUGGGCGUGCUUACAAAAUGAUCCAAAACUAUUGUUUCAAUAUUUAAAACAAAUCCCUGGUAAGCGUAUACCAUCAAUCGUACGUAAUUCUAUGGAUAAUGAUCUAUUUGUGGAUAUUUUAAGAAUUCUACGGGCAGAAUUUGUUAAAAAUGGAUGUGAUAUAACAGAUUAUUUGAUUGGCAUUAGUGAAUUACCAAGAUUACAAAUGUUAGUUAUGUUUUGUUCUAGUAAUGAAGUAUCAUGUAUCAAGGAAUUGCUGAACCACGUUUCAAAUUCUGUUUCAGAAAAUACUUUUAAGAAUCUUAAAGAGUCUUUUGGAGUUUAA